AUGCACUAUCUUAAAAAAACUGUAACUCUGCCUGAAGAUGAAGAUGAAGAAUAUAAUACAAAUUCAUUGGAUAAAUUAAAUAAAAUUACAAACCAAGAUCAAUUAAAUGAAAGUAGUGAUAAUAAAGAUACAGUCAGUAAUCAACAAUUACAAUUCAAAAACCAUCAUGCUAUUAAGUUACCUGAUACUACUGAAGGUGUUUUAAAAAAGAUAAAAGCUGCUAUUUAUUUAAAUAUGUGUCAAUAUUGGGAUUUUCCAAAAGAAAUUACUUUACUUUUAGCAUUGUUAGAUCCUCGACACAAAAAACUUAAAUUUGUUACAGAACAACAAUGUAAUGUAGUAAUUGAUAAACUAAAUGAAUUAUAUCGAAUUGAACAAGCUAUUAUUCUAGAAGAAUCAAAUAAUAGCUUAUUUGUUGACCUAUCUGAAUCAUUAGCUACAAAUGAAUUUUCUAAUAUUGAUCAAGUUAAUUAUUCUUUGUUUAAAAUAUAUGAAGAUUCAGAUGAUAAUAAUGAUAAUAUGUCUAAUGAAGUUGUUCGAUACUUAACUUUGCCAAAAGAAGCUCCAAAAUAUAAUAUAUUAGAAUGGUGA